AUGCAGCUCAAGUCCCUCUUCACCUUCCUCCUCGCGGGAUACGCCGCCGCCGCCCCAGCGUCUACCGGACUUGAAGUCCGUGACCCUUCCGUCCUCGAGUCCCGCGCCGUCACCAAGGUUGAGUUCUCCUCCAUCACUGCCUCUGGAACUGGCUGCCCUUCCGGCUCCUACACGGUCACCAUCUCCACCAACCGUGAUGUCGGCACCAUUGCGUUCCGCUCUUACAACACGGCUUUUGGCGCCACCACCACCAAGUCUUGCACCGUCGUCCUCAACCUGAUCUACCCCAGCGGUUGCACGAGCGGCAGCCUCCAGUCCAACUACCACGGCUUCGUCCAGGUCGCCAGCGGCGCGACUGGCACCGUCAACGCGGCUUACACCUCGUCGACCGGAAACAGCGCCAACCCUUCCAACAGCAUCUUCUCCGGUGCCGUCUGGGCUCCUGGCAACCCGUGGUCUCGCAUCGAUAUCGCCCCCGCCAAGGUCAUCAAUCGCUCCGCCAACGACGCCGCCGUCACCGCCAGGGCCGCCACCACGCUCACCCUGACCAGGACCAACAACUCGGCCGGCGGCACUCUUAUUGCCGACGACAUUACCUUCUCCAUCAUCAACCAAUCCCGCAACACCAACUGGCAGACCUGCACUGUAUGA